AUGCCCACCGAGAUCCUCGACAUCACCCUCGACUUUCUCCCCGCCGAGUCCGUCGUCUCCUUCGCCCUCACCUGUCGCGGCCUGCACGCCAAGUACAGCGUGAGGAACCAGAUUCUCGAUUCUGCCGCCCGCGAGAGCCUCCUGCUGCUCCUCGAAAAGGACGCCGCCGCACUCUACUACUGCUACCACUGCAGCUCCCUUCACAAGUGGCACCCCACCAGCACCACCAGCAGGGCGAGCACGGCCUACAAGCUCAAGUUCCACACCGCCCGCCUCGCUCUCCACGGUCGCAUCCGGGGACCCGCUCAUGGACCCGAGCUAGAGAAGCUCCACAUGGACCACGCCGUCACCUUGGGAUCCCGCAACAUCACCAUCAAGGAGUCCUGGGCUGCCAAGGUCAUCGACGGCGAGCUCUUCCUCCGCGCCGUGUGGAACUACCACCAAGGUGCCGGUGGCGCCAAGACUCUCGGCCGCUGGGUCGAACAUGAUGCUGAUCGCUUCAUCUGCAACCACGUCAAGGGCAGCCGCCUGCUCGAGUUCCCCGGCGCCGAGGGUCUCGACCUGUCUUCUGUUGAGAGGCUUGCCGGUCCCGUCCGCUCUUGCCCCAUCUGCUACACUGAUUUCCAGAUGGAGGUUCGUGGUGACGAGUGGGAUGAGUCCGAGUCCGAGUCCGAGGAUGACGAGGAGGCUCAGCGCGGAAGCGGCGGCUGGUCCAUCAAUGUCACCAAAUGGGUUCGUCUGGGCGCCUGCGAGUCGCCCUUGGAUGCCCAUUGGCAGACCCUGGCCAGCCAGAGCGCCCAUGGUCUCGAAUGUGAGCCCCGAAACAGCAGCUGCGAGGCAGGCGAAAUCAGACACCGAUGGGUCGACGGAAAGCAGAAGCCUUCCGCCUACCAGGGACGAUUCGUCGAAGCUGGCUGCCUGCAGGUCCCUCAUUACUAA